AGAGCGAAUCCACUCUUGUCUUAACCCUGUCUUUAACCCUGAGUUAAAAAUGGCAUUUGCCGGAAUUCUGAACGACGCCGACAUCACUGCAGCCCUUGCGGCUUGCCAAGCUGCUGACUCCUUCAAGUACCAGGACUUCUUUGCUAAGGUCGGCCUUGCUGGCAAGAGCGCUGAUGACAUCAAGAAGGCCUUUGCCAUCAUUGACCAGGACAAGAGUGGCUUCAUUGAGGAGGAUGAGCUGAAGUUGUUCCUACAGAACUUCUCUUCCAGUGCCAGAGCUCUGACUGACACUGAGACCAAGGCGUUUCUCAAGGCCGGGGACACUGAUGGCGAUGGCAAGAUUGGAGUUGAUGAGUUUGCUGCCUUGGUCAAGCAUUAA